AUGGCUCCCGCACGUAAGGGAAAGGCUAAGGAGGAACAGGCCGUCGUGUCCCUCGGACCACAGGCCAAAGAAGGCGAGCUUAUUUUCGCUGUCGCCCACAUCUUCGCCUCGUUCAACGACACGUUCGUCCAUGUUACCGAUAUUUCCGGUAUUUUUCUUUGGUUGAAUUUUCAAUAAAAAUUUUUUUCACAGGUCGUGAAACGAUUGUUCGCGUGACUGGUGGUAUGAAGGUUAAGGCUGAUCGCGAUGAGUCUUCUCCUUACGCCGCUAUGCUCGCUGCUCAGGACGUCGCUGAACGAUGCAAGCAGGUAACUUUUUUAAACAUCUUUUUAUUUGUGCUUAUUGCCGUUUCCGUAUUUUUUUUUAAUCGCCGCUUGUACUGGAAACGUAUGCCGUGUUAAAAGUAGUUUUGGUUAAAUGCAAAAUCAAUUCGAGUUUAGUUUUUUUUUUCUUUCUCUGAAGGCUAUUUUGAAUAUCGCGGAAUCACUUUGAACACGGCAUUAAUAGAAUCAGCUUCAAAGUCAAUUCAGUGUUCAAACUGUUUCUGCAAGAUGCAAAAUGGUCCUCAGAAAAAAAAAAGACAACCUAAUUUUGGAAAGACAGACCAUUUUUCAUUUCGCGGAAAGUAGUUUGAACACGGCAUUCGAACUUCCAUGAUUAUCGAUGAAACGGAAAACGCAAGAAAAAGCUCAGCGGUGCCUUAAAGUUGCUUUGAAACAACACCUAUUUUAGUUUCGGAGAAGCUUUGUUGCGUUUCAGAACUACAUUCGUUUUUUUCGAUGAACACGUUAUAAUAUAAUUUCAAAAUUUAUUUUAUAGUCGAAUAGUUUGAAUGAUGUUUAAAAAAAAUACAUUUUUUUACUUUUUAAAAUUAAAAAAAUCUAAUUUUUCUCUUCAUUUUCUGAAAAAAAGUGUGUGUAAUUUCUAUAAAUGUCGUUUUUCUAAUUUAUCUUGCGAAAUUGAAAUUAAUUGUGGGAAAGUGAAAAAAAGAUAACUAAAUUUUUUUGAAAGUUAACUCGAUUUUUUUGCGACUAUCACUUUAAACACGGUACCAACUUUAUUACUGGAGACAGUGAAAGUACAGCAAAAAAUUUUUGGCUAAUGGCGUGUUGGUUGGACAAUACGAAAAUUGUUUCGAAACAAAAAAAUUAGUGUUUUUUUGUAAUAAUUUUGGUGUGCACGCUUUAGCAUUCUGAAAAAUGAUCCGUUUCUCCGAAUAACACGCCAUAAAAUCCUGUUUUUUGAACGCUUUUCACAAAACAUCAAUUCAAUUGUUUUUCCUUUGAUCUUGUAAAUAUUUUCUUAAGAAAAAGUUCGAAAUAAUAUUUGAUUCGUGGAAAGUGUUUUUCUAGGUUUUUUGAUGGCGUUUUCAUCGGCGGAAGGAAACAUCUCGGACCUUGGUAACGCGAAUCGGACGUGUCGGGGCAUUUCUAGUGACCACUUUAGCAGCCUUAACGCUCUUAAGUGAUCUCUUGAAUCGCCCAGAAACGUCCGGAGCACGUCCGUUUCGCGUUACCAAUGUCCGAGAUGCUUCAAAAAAAAAACCGUGUACGCCGGUGCGCCAAAGUCGCCCCAAAACAGUACUAAUUUUUGUUUUGGAGCAAUUUUUUUUUUCAAAGAAAUAUUCUGAUGAAAACACCAUAAAUUCGUAGUUUCCUAUCAUUUUUUGUACGGGAGUCAUUUUACUUAUUAAACAUAGCUCUUUCUUUUCACGUUUUCAUUAUUGUUUUCCAGCUUGGAAUCAACGCUCUCCACAUCAAGCUCCGUGCCACCGGAGGUACCAAGACCAAGACCCCAGGACCCGGUGCUCAGGCUGCUCUUCGCGCUCUUGCUCGAGCUGGAAUGAAAAUCGGCCGUAUCGAAGAUGUCACGCCAAUUCCAUCCGAUUGCACCAGAAGGAAGGGAGGUCGCCGUGGUCGUCGUCUUUAA